AUGGAAGAAUUUGCACCUAUCCGUCAUCUGGUGCGGGUGCUGAGAGAGCUCCGCUACGUGUGGGUCCUGGGCGAGGACCUCUCCGAGGGCACCGAGCUCGCCUCUCGACGCGAGACCUUCCGCAAAUACACCGCGAAUCUGCAACUGGUCACGGACUGGUACAACCACAUUUUGACUAACACAAACGAAGUCGAGUUCAGCCUCAUUAGGAAAGAAAUGGAGGACAUUGAUGCGACGGUCCUCAAGGCAGAGGCGGAACUCACGUGGAAUUCCGAAGGAGUAUGGGAAUAUAUCGUGGCGCUGCGGGACACAGUGAGCGACCUGGAGAUCCGCGUGCAGCAAGUACAAGCCAACGUACGGCGAGUGGAUGACAUCAUGUGUACGUGGGUGUUGAAGCCCAUCUUCGAGAGGCGUGAGGGGAAAAAGGACACGCUGCUGAACCUCGAGGAUAGAGCGGAGAGACUCAAGAAAGUGUACACAACUAUGGAGCAAGACGGAGCCAAGAUCCGCGGCAUGGUAGACGAGAACAAGCGCCUCCUCAAAGUGCCUGAAGACUCCAAGCACUGGGAUCGCUACCUCCUCUUCCUGGACCACAUGAUCACGCGAGGCCUUGUCGACGGGGUCAGUUGCAGCCUGUUCUACUUGCUGGAUAAUUGCGAAACGAGAGUCAACCAAUUCCCUUUGCUCGAGGCCCGGCUGGAGCUACAGGAGCCCUACCUCAUCAUCCGCCCUUCGCCCGAGGAGCUGCGCAGCCUGGUGGAGACCCUCGUGGGGGAAAUCCUUCACAUCUGCGACCUCGUGCCCCGUCUGGCUACUCACACCCAUGCGUCUUAUAUGCCUGAUGUUGAGAAAGAUGAGGAAGUUUCACAGCUGAAGGAGACGCUGGUGGGGAGAUUUGAGGCGGCGGCGUUCCAGGUGGCUGAGCACCGCGACCAGUUCCUGCAGCACCAAUCCCUCUGGCGGGAUCGUCGAGACGAAGUUCUGGAGAGGUUCCUCACAUCAGAGGAGGACGGAAAGCAGCCUGGGCUUCCCAAGUUCAAGCAACAAAUUGACAAAUACGAGCAACUCCAUGCCGAGCUCGAGAACAUAGACACGAUGAUGGUGUUCGACAGAUGGCUACGCCUGGACGUGCGGCCCUUCAAGCACGGCCUGCUGGAGAACACCAAGAAGUGGGCGCAGAUGUACAAGCAGCACCUCAUCGCGCAAGUGACGGACAGCUUGACGGAGCUAGACAACUUCAUCAAGACGACUGAGGUUGGCGUGGCGCAGGACCUCAACAACGGGGACUACGACACCCUGGUGUCCAUCAUGGCGCACCUGGUGAGGGUCAGGGACAGGGUCCACACGACGGACGCCAUGUUUGAGCCCCUCAAGGCCAUCAUCGCCCUCGUGCAGCAGUACGGCGACGACCUGCCGGAGACCAUGCACCUCAAGCUGCAGGAGCUGCCCGAGCAGUGGGAGUCCCUGAAGAAGCAGUGCGACCUCAUCCGGCAGCACGUGGCGCCUCUCAAAGCCAACGAAGUGUCGGUCAUAAGGAAGAAAUGCAUCAAGUUCGAGACUAGGCAAAAUAUUUACAGGGAAAAGUUCAAGAAGUAUUCGUUUUUCAACUACGACUGCGAGCUGCCCUACUGGCGUCUGGAGAGAGUGAACGCUAGAGUGACACGACUGGAGGAGGAGAUGCACAUGCUGCAGGAGUCCGCCAUGCUCUUCGAGGUCGUCAUUCCCGAGUUCAAGCAUAUGAAGUCCUGCAGGAAGGAGCUGAGGUUAUUAAAGCAACUCUGGGAUCACAUCUGCCUCGUGCGAGCUUGCAUUAACCACUGGAAGACGACCCCCUGGAGGGAGGUGGACGUGGAGAACAUGGACAUCGAGUGCAAGAAGUUCGCGAAGGACAUCAGAGCCCUGGACAAGGAGAUGCGGGUGUGGGACUCCUACGUGAACCUGGACUCCACCGUGAAGAACAUGCUGACGUCGCUGAGGGCGGUGGCCGAGCUGCAGAACCCGUCGCUGAGGGAACGCCAUUGGGGACAGCUCCUCGUGGCCACCAAGAAGGGUGACGGCACCUCCACGGCGGAAUUCACAACCUUAGCAGACUUACUCGAGCUCAACCUCCACAUGCACGAGGACGAGGUUAAAAACAUUGUCGACAAGGCAGUCAAGGAAAUGUCCAUGGAGAAGAUUAUCAAGGAACUGGACGUGACCUGGUCUACCAUGGAAUUCCUGGUGGACACGCAUCCUCGCACGGGCGUCGACCUUGUCCGCACCUCGGAGGAGAUGAUCGAGACGCUCGAGGAAAAUCAGGUCCAGCUCCAGAAUCUCAUGACAUCGAAGUAUAUUGAACACUUCCUUGAGGAGGUGUCAGCAUGGCAGAACAAACUGUCCAUAGCCGACCAGGUCAUCACUCUCUGGUUCGAAGUCCAGCGCACCUGGAGCCACUUGGAGUCGAUCUUCAUCGGGUCGGACGACAUCAGGCGGCAGCUGCCCGAAGACUCGGCCAGGUUUGACCAGAUCGACAUUGACUUCAAGAAACUGGUGUCGGAGAUGGUGGCGAACCCGCACGUGCUGAACGCCACGAACCGCGAGGGCCUCUACCAGCGGCUGGAGGCGCUGCAGGCGGAGCUGACACUGUGCGAGAAGACGCUGGCCGAGUACCUGGAGACGAAGCGCCUCGCCUUCCCCAGGUUCUACUUCGUGUCCACGGCCGACCUGCUCGACAUCCUGUCCAACGGCAACCAGCCCAUCAAAGUCACCAGGCACCUCACCAAGCUAUUCGACAGCAUUGCGAGUAUCAAGUUCGCCGAGGGUGAGGGCAGCAAUGCCACCACGGCGGUUGGGAUGAAGGCCAAGGAUGGCGAGUACGUCGACUUCUGCAAAGAGACGAACUGCGUCGGCCCCGUGGAGAAAUGGCUGAUGAACGUCCUGCAGAUGAUGCGCGCCACCGUGAGGGCGCGGCUCACCGACGCCGUGGCGGCCUACGAGGACCGCCCUCGAGAGCAGUGGGUGGGCGACUACCCGGCGCAGGUCGCCCUCACAGGAACACAGAUCUUUUGGACAGUCGAAGCCACUGCAGCGUUCGCGCGUCUGGAGGAAGGCUACGAAAACGCGCUCAGAGACUACUACCGGAAGCAGGUACAACAGUUGAACGCGCUCAUCUCCCUCCUGCUGGGGGAGCUGACGCGGCAGCAGCGCCAGAAGAUCAUGACCAUCUGCACCAUCGACGUCCACGCGCGAGACGUGGUCGGGAGACUCAUCAGCGGCAAGGUGGAGUCGGCGGCGGAGUUCGCGUGGCAGUCGCAGCUCCGCCCUCAGUGGGACGAGGAGGAGGCCGACUGCUUCAUGGACAUCUGCGACGCCCGCAUGAAGUACGACCACGAGUACCUGGGCAACACGCCGCGCCUCGUCAUCACGCCCCUCACGGACCGCUGCUACAUCACCCUCACGCAGUCGCUGCACCUGGUGAUGGGCGGCGCUCCCUCGGGGCCUGCGGGAACGGGCAAGACCGAGACGACCAAGGACCUCGGCCGCGCCCUCGGCAUGAUGGUCUACGUCUUCAACUGCUCCGAGCAGAUGGACUACAAGUCUUGCGGCAACAUCUACAAGGGUCUGGCGCAGACCGGCGCCUGGGGCUGCUUCGACGAGUUCAACAGGAUAUCAGUAGAAGUUCUUUCUGUCGUGGCUGUCCAGGUGAAGAGUGUGCAGGAUGCCAUCAGGAACAAAAAGAAAAACUUCGACUUCAUGGGCGAGCCGAUCCGACUGACUCCCUCGGUCGGCAUCUUCAUCACCAUGAACCCAGGUUACGCCGGGAGGACCGAGCUGCCGGAGAACCUCAAGGUUCUCUUCAGGCCAUGCGCGAUGGUGGUGCCUGAUCUGGAGCUCAUCUGCGAGAUCAUGCUGGUGGCGGAAGGCUUCAUCGAGGCGAAGGUCCUCGCGCGGAAGUUCAUUACUCUCUACCGCCUUUGCCGCGAGUUGCUUUCCAAACAGAGCCAUUACGACUGGGGCCUGAGGGCGAUCAAGAGUUUACUUGUGGUUGCCGGAUCUCUCAAGCGCGACGACCCUGAGCGCCCUGAGGACCAGGUGCUGAUGCGAGCCCUCAGGGACUACAAUGUGCCGAAAAUCGUGACCGACGAUGUACCCGUGUUCAUGGGCCUCAUCGGGGACCUCUUCCCCGCCCUGGACGUUCCCCGUAAAAAGGACCUCGACUUCGAGAAGGCCGUCAAGGAAGCGGCGGUUGACCUCAAGCUGCAACCAGAGGAUAGCUUCAUACUCAAGGUGGUGCAGCUGAAGGAGCUCCUGGAGGUGCGUCACAGCGUGUUCAUCAUCGGGCAGGCGGGCACGGGCAAGACGCAGGUGUGGCGCACACUCUUCAGGACGAUGCAGAACAUGAAGAAGAAGCCCGUGUGCUACGACUUGAACCCGAAGGCUGUGACGACGGACGAGCUCUUCGGCUACAUCAAUCCUGCUACCAGGGAGUGGAAGGACGGCCUCUUCUCUAACCUGAUGCGCGACCAAGCCAACAUGGCUGGCGACGCUCCCAAGUGGAUCAUCCUGGAUGGCGACAUCGACCCCAUGUGGAUCGAGUCCCUCAACACGCUCAUGGACGACAACAAGAUCCUGACGCUGGCUAGCAACGAGCGCAUUUCGCUGACGCCGCAGAUGCGCCUCCUGUUCGAGAUCAGCCACCUGCGCACGGCCACCCCGGCCACCGUGUCUCGCGCCGGCAUCAUCUACCUGAACCAGGGCGACCUGGGCUGGAACCCAUACGUCACUAGCUGGAUCGACAGCCGUGAGGUCCAGAGCGAGAAGGCCCACCUCAUGGUCCUGUUCGACAAGUACAUCCCGACUUGCCUGGAGAUCAUGCGGGUCCGCUUCAAGAGGAUCACGCCCAUGCCCGAGAUCACGCAUCUCAUGAUGCUGUGUCAGCUCCUGGACUGCCUCCUGACGCCGGAGAGCGUGCCUCCUGACAGCCCCAAGGAGGUCUACGAGCUGUACUUCGUGUUCGCCGCCGUGUGGGCCUUCGGGUCGGCGCUCUACCAGGACGGAAACAUCGAUUAUCGCGUUGAGUUCAGCAAGUGGUUCCAGCUGGAGUUCAAGACGGUCAAGUUCCCGUCUUCAGGCACCGUCUUCGACUACUGCAUCGAGAAGGAAAACCUUCGCUUCACGCCCUGGUCGGAGAAGAUCCCCAAGUUCGAGCUCGAUCCCGACACGCCGCUGCAGUCCAUGAUGGUGCACACGAGCGAGACUGUGCGCCUCAAGUUCUUCAUCGACCUCCUGAUGCACAAGCGCCACCCCGUCAUGCUGGUGGGCACCUCCGGCUGCGGCAAGUCGGCGCUGCUCAACGAGAAGCUCAACUCUCUGCCGGAGGAGUACGCCGUGUGCAACGUCCCCUUCAACUUCUACACCACUUCAGAGCUGCUGCAGCGCGUGCUGGAGAGACCUCUGGAGAAGAAGGCCGGGAAGAACUACGCUCCUCCGGGGAACAAGAAACUCGUCUACUUCAUCGACGACAUCAACAUGCCCAUGGUCGACCAGUACGGCACGGUGCAGCCCCACACGCUCAUCCGGCAGCACAUGGACUACGGCCACUGGUACGACCGCACCAAGCACACGCUCAAGGACAUCCACAACGUGCAGUACGUGGCCGCCAUGAAUCCCACAGCAGGAUCCUUCACCAUUAAUCCUAGGCUUCAACGCCACUUCAGUGUCUUGCAUUUCCCGAGCAUGGAGAGCCUCAACCUGAUAUACUCCUCGCUACUGGACCAACACUUGAAGAGUACUGCUAUGAAGUUCAACCCAACACUAAUUAGGGCCGCCCUCCAGCUGCAUCAGAAGGUCACCAGCACAUUCAUGCCAACGGCGACUAAGUUCCAUUACAUCUUCAACUUGCGGGACCUCACCAAUAUUUUCCAGGGCCUCCUCUUCUGCACGGGCGAGACGGUGAAGGCGCCCAUCGAGCUCCUCCGCUGCUGGCUGCACGAGACCCAGCGCGUGUACGGCGACCGCCUCCUGGAGGAAAAGGACCUAGAGAUCUUGACCAAACUGCAGGUUGAUGUUACUAAGAAGAUCUUCGAGGAGCUUGACGAAGCGGAGGUCAUGGCCAAGCCCAACGUCUUCUGCCACUUCGCCCGCGGCAUCGGGGAGCCUCGGUACCUCCCCAUCAAGACGUGGGACGACCUCAGUGCCAUUCUGCAGGACGCUCUCACGACCUACAACGAGCUAAACGCUGCCAUGAACCUCGUGCUCUUCGAAGACGCCAUGGCGCACGUGUGUCGAUGUUUAACCAAGAUUACAGGUCAACGGUCACGAGAGGAUCAGGAAGAGGUCAGAGCGAGCGUGCCUGGAGCGAAAAAACGUCUUGGUCGCCAUGGAAACGGGACGCCAACAAGCGCGCUGCCGGCCGACCGCGACCCUGGCCAGUCAGCGAUUCAGAGUCGGAGUGAGAGUAAAGGUUAUCACGUCAUGCGUUGUGCAGAGAUGAACAGUGAAUAUUGA